CAGGUGGAAUUCAAACGCCACAAUCUGAAAAUGGUGAUUUGGCGCUGCAGAGUUCCCGCCAUUUCAAGCCCACUCCCUCUGGGGACUUUCGUCAAACACAUUCCUGCUCCGCUCUCACCAAGACAACACCGUCUCCCGAUCCACUCCAAUGGCGUCGUCGCCACUAAAGCUGCGGACUCCGCCGCUCUCCAGGCCCUGAGCCAUCGGCAAAGAGAGCAGAUCGAUCGCUACGUUGAUACUCUCCUGCAAUGGAACCAGAAAAUGAACCUGACAGCUGUUAGAGAGGUGGAUGAGGUGAUGGAAAGGCACAUAGAGGACUCCCUGGCGAUAAUCCCUCCGCUUCAGAGCUCUUACAUACCGCAUGGCGUUUCUCACGAGAGCAUCAGUGUCGUGGAUGUGGGGAGCGGCGCGGGGCUUCCCGGCCUGGUCCUAGCAAUUGCGCGGCCAGAUUGGCAGGUGACCCUCUUGGAGUCCAUGAAGAAACGCUGUCUUUUCUUGGAGCAUGCAGUCAGUGUAACCGGGUUGUCCAAUGUUCAUGUUGUGAGAGGAAGAGCUGAGGAUUUGGGCCACGAUCCCUGCUUUAGAGAGCACUUUGAUGUUGCAGUUGCUAGAGCAGUUGCAGAGAUGAGAGUGUUAGCCGAAUACUGCCUUCCACUUGUACGUGUUGGUGGCUUGUUCAUUGCUGCAAAGGGCCAUGAUCCUGAGGAGGAGGUUAAAAAUGCAGAAACAGCAGUUCAAUUGAUGGGUGCUUCUGUACUGCAACUCUGCUCAGUUGAAUCACAUAGUCCACAUGGACAGAGAACUGCCGUCAUAUGUAUAAAAUGUGGAUCCACUCCGACGAAGUAUCCUCGCCUUCCAGGCACUCUUUUUCAGUUAAUAAUAGACUUCCGCUUCUCCCUUGACUUGUUUAAAGUUGAUUUUGGAGCGGUGACUCAUCCCGUAGCGUGGGGUAAAAUGGAGCCACCCCCCUCAUGGAUCACCACAGCAGCAUAUUGGGAGCAAUAGGUAUAAGGGCAGGUACAUUAACAGAGUAUGUUACUUGAUGUAUUUGGACAUCUUUUUUGACAGUAUUAAAUUUAAUCAGUCUACUAUGAUAUCAGCAUGGAUAAAACAACUUUUACCUAACUCCCACCUGUAAUAUGUCUGGUUCGUCCACUUGUUGAUGUGAAACAUCAUUCAGGGCAAACUCUUGUUCUGGUCUGAUGUAAGAUUUUGUGAAUAGGUCAGAUUUCUGAUGUUAAUCUCCUGGCGGAAUUUAUAAUCUUGCAAAGGGAAAGAAAACCGGCUAAUCUGAAAAUAACUUUGUUUCCUGUUUAUCCUUC